GGCAAUCCCUGUUUCUGUCGUCAACAAUCACAGUCAGCAGACUAGACCACAGCAGAGCAGGUUGAGCUCUUAGCGACGCUUUUUUCCCCCACUAACGUAAGAUUUGAAGUCUAAUCGAGAAUUAUUCAUCAAGUGCAUUUAGUUACAGAAGUCGGACUGUAACGGUGACGAAGUUGUUGUGCGGCAAACUGCCCAUGACCUAUAGCGCAUGGAACAUUGGAAUAAUGCCGCGACGCACCAAUAAACUUUGAACUGGAAAAUGAAGCAAGUUGGCGGUGAAUGCUGUCCGUCGAGAAUCAGUCUGUUAUUGUAUUGGAUAUUACUUUAACUUUUCAAACAACUUUUAUUUAUUUUGCGGUUUCUCUGUUUUGCCAGUCAACGGAACUGCUGGACUGGACGCUGUCAUGCGCUCUCGGUCUCUCGUAUGACAUCGAGUUUCUGCAUUUUUUCCAGGCUAUUAAUGGUUUAUUUGAAUCAAGACAGAUAUAAGCACAUUAAAACAUAUUAUUUACAAUUAUCAGAACUUUUGCCUAGAACAAUUGUAAACACCUGUCCCUGGAUGGACUUUUGAAAGGAUUAAUGAGAGUGAAGAGGACAUACUAGGUCUGUUCUGUUUCAUAGAGCAAAUAGACUUAAAACCUGUGGGGCACCUACACAGGGGAGGAGACACCAUGGGUGUCAGGCAGAGUAGCCCCGUGGCCGAGAGUCGUACCCGGGCGUAUUCUAGCCCAGUCGACCCCUCUGGAAGCAGCACUAACGCCGGGUUCAGAUACACAGUCGGACCAGGUGGCCCCCAAAUUCACUACACCGGAGGGAACCAGCCCAGCACCUACCACCAGGUUUGUGCUAGGGUGAAUAUCCCCCAGGGCCGUCGGAACAGACUGGAGGUGAUUGGAAGCGAUUUGGACCUGGAGGUGACCGACAGAGAUGCAGAGAGAGAACACCGGCUGAUGGUUGGCUCGCUACCACUUCACCUUUCCCCUCACCUACUGGGAGGCUUCCACUGUCCUGUCUGCAGUAAGUUUGUCGCGUCAGAUGAAAUGGAGGUUCACUUGAUCAUGUGUCUAACGAAGCCGCGGAUCUCCUACAACGAGGACAUUCUGGCAAAAGAUAGUGGGGAGUGUGCCAUCUGUCUAGAUGAGAUGGAGCAGGGAGACACCAUUGGUAGAUUGCCCUGCCUCUGUAUCUACCACAAAGGGUGUAUAGAGGAGUGGUUUGAGGUGAAUCGUUCGUGUCCGGAGCAUCCUUCAGACUAAGGGCUCAGAUAUCCACAGCAUGUCAACUAUCUAUCUACUUCAUCCAGAUCUACGUCUUCAUGACAUGCUGAAUCUGUACCUACAGUACCAGUCAAAAGUUGGGACACCUACUCACUCAAGGGUAUUUCUGUUUAUUUAAAAAAAUAUUCCACACAGUAGAAUAAUAGUAAAUACAUCAGCUAUAAAAUAAAACGUAUAGAAUCAUGUAGUAACCCCCAAAAAAAUUAAACAGGUCAAAAUACAUUUAAUCUUGUAGUCUUCCAAGUAGACCCUCUUUGCCUUUAUGACAGCUUAGAAAACUCUUGGCUUUCCCUCAACCAGUGUCAUGAUGUAGUCACUGGAAAUGCUCCUGCAUACGCUGAGCACUUGUUGGCUGAUUUUCCUUCACUCUGCAGACCAACUCAUCAUAAACCAUCUCAAUUGGGUUGAGGUUGGGUGAUUCUGGAGGCCAGGUCAUCUGAUCCAGCACCUUUACUCUCCUUCUUGGUCAAAUAGCUCUCACACAGCUUGGAAUCACAGUGUCACCAAGGACCCUCACACCUCCUCCUCUGUGCUUCACACAGAGGCACCCGUGUUUAGAUCAUCCCUUCAGCCACUCUGCGUCUCACAAAUACACGGCGGUUGGAACCAAAUAUCUUACAUUUGGACUCAUCAGAGCAAAGGAAAGAUUUCCACCGGCUUAACGUCCAUUUCUCAUAUUUCUUGGCCCAAGCAGGUCUCUGUUUGUUCUUCAGUAGUGGUUUCUUUGCAACAGUUCAAUAAAGGCCUGAUUCACGGACUCUACCCUGAACACUUGAUGUUGAGAUGUCUGUUACUUGAACUCUGUGAAGCAUUUAUUUGGGAUGCAAUCUGUAGUGCAGUUAAUUGUAGAUUUGAGGCUGGUAACUAAUGCCUAUCCUCUGCAGCAGAUGUAAAUCUGGGUCUUCCUUUCCUGUGGUGGUCCUCAAAAGGACCAUUUUCAUUACAGCGGGUGAUGGUUUUUGUGAAUGCACUUGAAGAAACGUUCAAAGUUCUUGACAUUUUCCGGCUUGACUGACCUUCAUGCCUUAAAGUAAUGAUGGACUGUCGUUUCUCUGUGGUUAUUUGAGCUGCUCUUGACAUAGGGACUACUACAGUACAAACAUAAUGAUGUUCUGUAUACCCACCCUAACUCAUUAAGGAAAUAAAUUCUACAAAUGAACUUUUAACAAGGCAUACGUUAUUUGAAAUGCAUUCCAGGUAACUACCCCAUGAAGCAUGUUCAGACAAAGCAAAGAGUGCAAACCUGUCAUCAAGGCAAAGGGUGGAUACUUUGAAGAAUCUAAAAUAUAGAUGUAUUUUGAUUUAAGCCCUUUUUUUUGGUUGCUACAUGAUUCAAAGUAAUUUCAUGUCUUCACUAUUUUUCUACAAUGUGGGAAAUAGUAUAAAAAUUAAGAAAUACCUGUGAAUAAGUAGGCAUGUCCAAACUAUUCACUGGUACUGUACAUCUACGCUUGACCUGCUGGUCUGUUAAUCUACCUAUAUCUGUCUGACAAGUGCUUGAAGAAGAAUCACACAAGCUUGGGACGUGUAGCCUACGAAGACAGAAUGAGAGAACACCCUCAAAACACUUUUGGAGGCCACAAACUUCCAAUGUGGUGGACGUGCCAGGACAGAAAAAGGUCUUCCGAGUGUCCGUGGACAACUUAAACAGCACAUACAGUCAAGCCUCGACUGAUAACGUCCGACGCUGCUCAGAUAAAACACAGAUGUCACCUCAGAGUGAUGAUGUCAUAAUGGCGAGACGCACUGGUGGGUGGACAACCUGCAAGACUUACAUGCUGCCUGCAAUGAUCUAAUUUUCUCCGAUCUACACUAGUGUUUAGUGGGUAGGGGUGUGGUCAUCUGGAGGGGGUGAAUGUGGCUUGAUCCUCAGCUGUGAUGCUGUGGGAUGACAGGGGAUUCAGACAGCAAGUCCCUUCUGUAGGAAUGCAUGCGGUUUCUUGGCCUGUGCUGUGACAUGCAGUUUCUAGGCCUUCAAGUGCUGUGACAAGAACAUGCUGCUAAUUUCUCAUUUAAACACUUAUUUAUGUCAAUUAUGAAAUCACAUUCUGUUGAUCUUUGUUGGCUCCUUGUUUUAUUUUUGUGAUUGUGUAAAAUCAAUGUGAUGGUAUUAUACAAAACCAAAAACUUUGAUUAAGUGUCACUAAGAUACUUUGCACAAGAGCUUGUAUUCUUUGAGAAAAAUAAAGCACAAAUCAACUCCAGAACCUGCACAGUAACACAAUGUUACUACAUCACA